GCUAAUGAACCCCGUAGGAGGAUAUCACUAGGAGAUUUUGUAAUAAUGCAAUGCAUUAUUACAGAAAACAGUUGUAAUGAUAUUCUUCUAUGGACCAUUUUCUUUUCUUUCCUCUUUCUUAGUUCAUUUUCUUAGAUCAGCCUCCCAAAUAACAGGAAAAGUUAUUGCUUAGAAACUCAAAUGAGAAAACCUAGUCAACCAAGGCUUACAAAGCCACCCCUUACAAUUCCCUACAUUAAUCCCUUAUCCUCCUCAAAAACCAACGAUCAAACAACUCAUUAGACCAUCACCCAAAACAUCUUUGAGAAUUCUCUAAACAGUUUGCCUGCCUAUAUCAGCCACUAUUUAUCUUCUCUAAACAGUACAUUGUUUCACUACUUAAUCGUGUGAAACAAGGUUUUCCCUUGAAAACCUGAUAACCUGAUUGGAAUGUUUGUCCUUAAAGUGCCUAGGCGUAACUUCUCUUGCUCUAGCUUUGUCGGCUGGUCUAUGACCCCACAAAGCUUAGCAUCAAAAGCUAUGAUGGCCAAGUUCAACGUCAUUAGUUCAUCCUAGCUUACGAACAUCUAAUCAGAUUUAUCAAUAAUAUCAGCCUAAGUAAAGGCCUUUCCAUAAAUAUAUAUAUGGAGUAUUUUAGCUAGGCAUUACUUUUGCCCCUACCAACCGUAAGAGUAUAUUCUGUUUUUGAUAUUUUGAGAAAUUAUGACCCAAAUAUGCAUCUCACCAAUUUUCAUAAAAUUCCAAUGAAUUUACCAUGUCGAAAUCAGAAUAAAAAUAGAGUACAACUAAUUAUUUAAACUCUGAUUUCGACUAUCAUUAAUUAUUCGGAAUUUCUCGAAAAUUGACAAAUGACUGUUAUAACUAUAAUGUACGCCAUCAUGCAAAAAAAAAAAAUAAUAAUUAUAGUUUCUCUGAAAAUAGAAAAUAUUCUUACAGUAGUGACAAAAGUGUGAUCCUACCUAAGAAAAUUCCUAUAUAUAUAAUCUGAAUUUCUUAUAGUCCAUAUUGUCCAGUAACCAUUGCCCUGAAUAAGACUCUGAAAAAAAUUCCAUAUGGUACUAAAUAAAAGAGAAAUUGAUUCCCAAGUACAGCUGCCUGAGCGUAUCCUUGCCCUAAAGAGCUUCAACAGUGAGGAUUCAAGAAGCAUUCUUUUAGGAAUCGGAGAUUUCUCAGGAGGACUAUUGGAAUGUCUGAUUUUCUUUUUCUCAGAGUCAAAGAUCUAGCUGCAGAAGAACUUUUCGUCUGCGGCAACUUUCUGGAAAGUGGAAACAAAGCAAGAGAAGCUGCAAAACACCCUGUUUCUGUUUGACUGGCCCUGAAAGGUCAAGCCUUGUAGAGUCUCAACAAUGUCUUGAAAAAAGGUUCAAAGCAGCAACUUGAAGAAGCACUUGAAGUCAGCAAUCAACAGGUGGAAGAGUUUCUUAUUGUUGUGGAAGCUUAAUCUGUAGUCCUACUCAAUGCUUAUUCCAUGUAUUCAAGGGCAUGAUUUCAUUCCUGAAACGGAGCUUGCAGAAGCCAGUACUAUAACUCAGCACAAUAAUGAGUUCCUUUCCUACUCGUUUAUUAGUAGUCCAAAGCACAACUAUACUUCAUCACAGCUAUACAUGUGUGGCAGUUUCGUUUCACUGAAGCACAAUAGAAACUAUAAAAAGCAGAUGCCAUUGGGUGACAUCUUUAUACAAGAGGGAUCACGUGUAAAAGGCUUCUGGGAGACCCUCCACUCGAAAUGUGACGACGGCUGGACAGUAGGCUAGGCCAUUUAAUGCGGUUCUCGUAGAGUGUACCGUCGCCACCCACGGCGUUCCACGUAUCAGACGCAUGCGAAAAGCGUGGAAUGCGAAGGGUUGUGGGAGAAGUCUAAAAGCUCCUACUGUGGUCUCCCAUGUCUGACGUCAUGGACCACGAGCAGGAGCUUGGGGGGCAGAUGUACGCCCUGGAUUUCCCACGGGCUGUUUAGCAGGACGAUCCUCGGACUAAACAUGAUUCAGCCCGAGGAUCCCACAGGCCAGAGGCUUUAUCUUCAGGACGGGCCCUUCUAGCUCGAGGGGAUGGAGUUUCCUGCUCCCUCUUGUUGUUCCAGGAGCUGGGAACAACAUCCGACAACCACUGACGGAUCAGCUCGGGUUAUGGAUUGCUCCGGUAGCGAGCUUCUCAGGAAGCUCUGACCCUAUGGGAAGUCAACACGCAAGAUAAACGUGCAUAAUCCUGCCAUCACAUGUCCGAUAUCCCCCUGCCUUCUCGGACACGCCGCAGGAACGUGCGUAUUCAGACACCCACGGACGGGUUGGGCCGUGCGGCCCAUUAUCUCCUUCCAUACUGAUUAGACCACACUUGUGUGUCAGGUUUAGGAAGUAAUCAUGAAUAUCACAGGCUUGAUAUGACAAAUGGUAAGGUCACGGGAUGACCUCCCUACCAAUUUCCAGGUGCCUUCUCCUAUAAAUAUGGAGACCCUGGGAAUUGAUAGAGGUGGGAAAAAAUAGUCUUGUAAGAACUAUAUAUUUUGUAAACCAAUUACCCAGAAGAGAUCAAUAAUAUUGACUAGUGGAGUAGAAGGAUUUUAACCUUCGAACCACUUAAAAACGUGUUUAGGGUCACCUAGUUCUUCUCACAAAGAUUUCAUAUCUGCGGCGGUUCUACUUUUAAGUACAAAUCUCUUUCUCUUCUUCUCUUAAUUACCUGUUGCCGAAGAACCGCGUCAACAGUUUGGUGCUUUCAUUGAGAGCAAGUCCAAUUAGUACUACCACAAACAUACAACUAUGGUGACCACUCGAUCCAAACAUGGCAACGAGACAGAACAGCAUGAUGGGCAGGAGGCCCGCCAUGUUGCCCUCCCCGAGGAGCAAGUUCCUGAAGUUCAGCAAAGGCCAGGAAAGCAGCCGAUCGGCCAAGACGACACUGGUAGUUCGGCGCCCCGGCCGCCUAAUCCGAAUCCAGGUUAUUAUACUGCGGUGGAGAUGGAGAAUGCUCAACUGAGGAGCCAGCUGGCAGCAGCUGGUCAGCAAAUCCAGGAUAUUCUGGGUCGACUACCCCCUCUCACGACCAACGGUAACGUUGGAGAGAGGCAAGGCGAGGCUCCUAAGUCUCGCCGGAGUAAUCGAUCCAGGUAUAGCCGUUCGGGUAGACUCCCUGCAGCCAACUCCACCCCUUCAUCACGCCAUCAAGAGGCGAACUUCAGGGAAAUGCCUCAGACCGAACCGCAGCAGUACAGCCGUUCGGUUAGGACAUCAACCCCUAGCUCUCAGCCUUCCUCGAGGACACCCGGAAGAGAUAGGAGGAAUUCCCAAAGGAGGGCCGAGGAGAUCCGGAGACGUCAGCCCGUCCCCGAAGAGCGUCCAGUUCCUCGUCCAGAUCGCCCAGCGCGAAACCAUCAAGCUGGCAGGGCCGCGAGGCCCCCACCAAAUUUAGUCCGUCCAGACGGCACUAGGAUCGCCUCUCCGGUCAGGCAUCCUCCUUCUCCCAUCAGAUACCCGUCUCCUCAGCCCGUCCGAGACAUCCCGACCUACAUAAAUAGUAGGAGAGACCCGCCAUCGGCCGGGCCUUCCCGGCGCAGCAGGGUGCCGGGGGAAGGAUCAGGUCGGAGCCGCCAAAGACGCACAUCGAGCCUGUCCAGCAGGAGUCACUGGACCGGUAGUGCACGGAGUGAUCUUUCGAGAGGAAACCUGCGACAGCGACUAAGUUCAGCACAAAGUCACCAUAAUACCCAGGGAGGCGACCUUCGAGAUCGCCUCAACUCUCACAGAGAGGAUCGAGUUAGGGAUGGUAGCCAGGCCCGCUCAGUUGGGGUCCGAUCCGAAGUACGUAAUGGCGGGAAUGCCCCAAAUGACCUAUCUCCAGAUAGGAGGGGCAAUAACCCGCCUAAUAUGUACAACGGGUUCGGAGCUGUUGAACAGCCCCGGAAUAACCCAGGAUCUCAGGACAAAACCUUAGAGCGCUUAACUCAAAUGGAGGAGCUGAUGAAGAAGCUCCUGUCAGAGAAAGAAAAAGUCGAAUAUGAUUCGGGGGAUGAGAUGGAGCUCUUCGCCCCCAACAUAGCAGCAACGGCAUACCCUUCUGGCUUUCGUAUGCCUCACUUGUCCAAGUUCAACGGGGAUGGAGACCCAUCUGACCACUUAGGGAUGUUCAACACCCUAAUGAUGGCUCAUAACAUCGGGCCAGAGCUUCGUUGCUUGAUCUUUCCUUCCACCCUAACUGGACCUGCCAGGCAGUGGUUCAAACAAAGUAAAAGGCAGUCAAUCAGCUCCUGGAAGACCUUUUCGGCUGACUUCAAGAGGGCAUUCCGCGCCUCUCAGGCCGCCAGGGUCCAGGCCGACUCCUUAGCUAACGUGAGACAGCAACCUGGAGAAACGCUAAAAGCCUACUUGAGCAGAUUUGCAAAUGUCGCUGCUCGAGCCAGAGACGCCGACGACAGCUCCAAACUCAUGGCUAUGAGGACCGGGAUCCUAGUAGGCGGAGAUCUGUGGAAGGAUAUUCAAAGGAGGGGGGUCAGCUCAGUUAGUGAAUUCCUUAACAGAGCCCAAGAAUGGAUAAACUUGGAGGAAGCUGAAGCUUCAGCCGCGGGGACCGGCCAGGUCCUCGAGAAGCCCGCUGGGGCGGGAACAGAGAUCGUAGUAGCGACUCCCGACGUCACGCAGAGCAACCAGCCCGGUGGCGGCAAAAGAAAAGGAAAUGGUGAAAACGUCCAGCACGGUCAAAAGAAGAAUAAGUCCGUGGAUAAAUUCAAGCCCGUGUUCACAGCGUAUACCGAGCUCACCCAAACCAGAGAGAAUAUUUUCCUGGCCAACGCUACGCGAGUCCCCUGGAGAAGACCGGAGCCAAUAAAGCACCCUAAGGGAAAGAGAGACGCUUCCAAAUUCUGCCGUUUUCAUAACGACGUCGGGCACAAUACCGACGACUGCAGGCACCUCAAAGAUGAAAUCGAGACUCUCAUCCGAGCAGGUCCGUUGGCGCAAUAUUCGCCGAACAGGGUCCCCACAGGUCGACCCGCUCCGGAGAUCCCAGCCAGUCAACCUGGACCUCGAGUAGAUCAGGACGUCCCUCCCCCCGUGGUCGAGGGAGAGAUUUCCACCAUCUCUGGAGGGCCACACAUGGCUGGCACGAGCAGAGGCGCCCAGAAGAGGUACAUAAAUGAGUUGAAGGCCCACAAUGGAGGGGAGUUCGUCCCGGAACAGCAUCAAUCAAAACAACAAAGAUUAGAGAAACAACCAGUCACUUUCACGGAGGAGGACGCGGGCCAUGUCCAAUUCCCUCAUAACGAUCCCUUGGUCGUAGCAGUCCAGCUCGCCAACCGGAGAGUAAGGAGGGUGUUAGUGGACAAUGGGAGCUCGGUGAAUCUCCUAUUCCGUUCAACCUUAGAAAAAAUGGGUCUGACCGUCUCCGAGCUAAAGGCAACCUCGAUGAUGCUAUAUGGUUUUUCAGGCGAAGGGUCAGCAGCGAUAGGAACGAUCGAGCUGGUGAUCACCCUAGGCGACGAGUCCCGAACAGUGUCCAAACUGCUCGAAUUCGUAGUCAUUGACUGCUCCGCUGCCUACAAUGCAAUUUUGGGCCGACCAACGCUCGUUGCUUUCGAAGCUAUCACAUCCGUCCGGCACCUCGCCAUGAAGUUCCCUACUUCGACAGGGGUCUGCACUAUCAAGGGCGAUCAGCUCGCGGCCAGGGAAUGCUACAGCAUUUCCACGAAGGGAAAAUCUAAACCCGGGCCGGUGGCGAUGGCCAUUCAGGAUGAAGAGGAAUCGCAGGGACCCAAGGCGGCCCCUGAGAUUGAAAAACCUCGGGUUUCCGAAGACGAAAAGCUCGCCUUAAGCGAGGACAUUGACCCCCGAGUAGGCGAGGACAGGUCCGAGCUCCAAGCUAUUGAAGAUCUCGAGGAGGUAGGCAUCGAUGAACAAAAUCCUUCACGGACGGUGAAGCUCGGAAAGAACCUCUGCGAUAGAAGAAAGGCGGAUCUGACCGCGUUUCUGAAAAAGAACCUAGACGUAUUUGCAUGGUCGCACGAGGACAUGAUAGGGAUCAGUCCGAGCGUAAUCAUGCACACGCUCCACCUAGACAAAAGCGUCCCUGCAAAGUCUAAAAAACAGAGGCGUUUAGGGACAACCCGAGCCGAGGCCCUUGAAGAAGAAGUGGCCCGGCUCAACAAAUGUGGCUUUAUCCGCGAAGCCAGAUUUCCCAUUUGGGUUGCUAAUCCCGUGUUAGUUCCAAAGCCCAAUGGCAAAUGGCGGACCUGUAUUGAUUUUUCCGACCUGAAUAAAGCCUGCCCCAAGGAUUGCUUUCCGUUGCCGAGGAUCGAUCAACUGGUGGAUGCCACGGCGGGGCACGAGCUCAUGUCCUUCAUGGACGCGUACUCAGGCUACAAUCAGAUCGCGAUGAAUCCAGCAGACCAGGAUCAUACCAGCUUUAUGACCCCGACUAAUGUCUAUUGUUAUAAGGUCAUGCCGUUCGGUCUUGAGAAUGCCGGGGCAACCUACCAAAGGCUGGGAAAUAGAAUGUUCGCGGAUCAGAUCGGGAAGAACAUGGAAGUGUACGUCGAUGAUAUGCUUGUCAAGUCAAAGACUGCCACCAACCACGUCGCCGACCUGGAAGAAUGUUUUAACAUACUGCGAGAAUAUGGCAUGAGGCUCAAUCCUCAGAAAUGCACUUUCGGUGUCGCAUCGGGGAAGUUCUUGGGUUUCAUAGUCAAUACCCGAGGAAUCGAGGAAAAUCCCGACAAGAUCAGAUCACUGCUCGAGCUUCCAUCCCCCAGGUCGCGGAAAGAUGUCCAAGGCCUCACAGGAAGGGUGGCGGCACUGAACCGGUUCAUUUCCAAAUCGACCAACAAGUGCCUGCCCUUCUACAACCUGCUCCGCGGAAACAAGAAGUUCGAAUGGACGGUAGAGUGCGAGGGCGCUUUCCUCGACCUAAAAACGCACCUAGCUGAGCCCCCUGUGCUAUCAAAGCCCAGGGUAGGAGAACCUCUUUUCCUCUACAUGGCCGUGACUGAGGACGCAGCCAGUGCCGUUCUGGUGCGAGAAGAGGACCAAGCUCAGAAACCGGUUUAUUACAUCAGCAAGAGACUCCUCGGAUCUGAGUCAAGGUACCCGUUGAUGGAAAAGCUGGCGUUCUGCCUAAUCACGGCCUCACGAAAACUCAGGCCAUACUUCCAGUCCCACUCUGUACACGUCAUGACCGAUCAGCCUCUAAGGCAGGUUUUGCAAAAGCCUGAAGCCUCGGGACGCUUGCUAAAGUGGGCGGUCGAACUCAGUCAGUUCGAGAUUUUCUAUACUCCCCGAACUACCAUAAAAAGUCAAGCCUUGGCCGACUUCGUGGCAGAAUGCGCGGGAUUCCGUGAGAUCCCAUCGGAAGAUUCACAGCAGCUCGCAUCCUCAGGCUCAUCGUGGAGGAUCUUCGUUGAUGGCUCAUCUAACGAGAACGGCUCCGGGGCCGGAAUCAUUCUGAUAUCCCCAGAAGGACAUAGAUUCCAUUCGGCGCUGAGGUUCGGGUUCAAGGCGUCCAACAACGAGGCAGAGUACGAGGCCUUGUUAGCCGGACUUAGGAUAGCUAGCGAGCUAAAGGCAAGCUCUGUCCAAUGCUUCAGCGACUCCCAGCUCGUGGUGAAUCAGGUCUUAGGCGAGUAUCAGGCGCGGGGUCCCAAGAUGGCCUCUUAUUUGGCUAAGGUAAAAUCCGAAUUGUCUACGUUUGAGCAAGGGUCGAUCGAGCAGAUACCUCGGGAGCAGAACGCCAAUGCAGAUGCUCUCGCCAAGCUCGCCACCUCGGGGGAGGCAGAAACCCUGGGGUUGGUGCCAAUUGAGUUCUUGGACAAACCAAGCAUAGACGGAGAUCGAGCGAAUAUUGAGAUGAUUGACAUCAGGCUGACCUGGAUGACUCCCAUUGUUGAGUACCUCGUCGAGGGCAAGUUACCCGAAGGGCGCAACGACGUACGGCGAGUCCUUUAUCAAGCUCCGAGAUAUACGCUAGUCGAGGGGGUAUUGUACUGACGUGGGCAUUCAUUACCUCUCCUCCGGUGUGUUCUUCCAAGUGAGGCGAAGGCCAUCCUGCAGGAAGUUCAUGACGGAUUCUGCGGAGAUCACACUGGGGGGCAAAGCCUGGCCUUGAAGAUCCUUCGGCAGGGUUUUUACUGGCCGACUCUGUCCAAAGACUCGAUCUCAUACGUAAAAAAGUGCGACAAGUGUCAGCGAUUCGCCGCGGUUGCACGAGCACCCCCGACCGAGCUAAAAAUGAUAUCGUCUCCCUGGCCCUUCGCCAUUUGGGGCAUAGAUCUAAUAGGCGCCCUGCCCACCGGAAAGGGCGGGGUCCGUUACGCCGUGGUAGCCAUUGACUACUUCACAAAGUGGGCCGAAGCAGAGCCGUUGGCGACAAUAACAUCGAAAAAGGUGCUAGACUUCGUGGUUAAAAGCAUCGUUUGUCGAUUUGGCCUACCCAAAAAGAUCGUUUCCGAUAAUGGCACUCAAUUUGACAGCGACCUGUUCACCGAAUUUUGCAAAAAGAACGGAAUUGUGAAAAGUUUCUCAUCCGUGGCCUAUCCCCAGGCGAACGGCCAGGUCGAAGCUGUCAAUAAAACUUUGAAGGCAAGCCUCAAGAAGAGGCUAGAUGAGGCAAAGGGGAUCUGGCCAGAACAGCUCCCCCAAGUUCUGUGGGCCUAUAGGACCUCACAUCGGACUUCCACGGGUCACACUCCUUUCUCCCUAACCUUUGGUAGUGAAGCGGUCCUCCCCGUGGAGGUAAAGGUCCUGUCGCACAGGGUCCGGUCCUACGAACAGGACAAGAACCACGAGCUCCUAUGCCACUCCUUAGACUUGAUGGAUGAGAGGCGAGAGGAUUCACAACUCCAGCUCGCCCAUUAUCAACAGAAAAUCACUCGCUACUUCAACACUAAGGUCAAAAGACGUGCCUUUAGCGUCGGCGAUUUGGUCUUGAGGAGAGUUUUCCUGGCCGGGAAAGAUCCCAAAGAUGGGGUUCUGGGACCAAGCUGGGAAGGACCAUACCAGGUCAUCGAAGUCAUCAAAGAAGGGACGUAUAAAUUAGCUCGACUUGGUGGAGGGGCGGUCCCGCGGACUUGGAAUGCAAUCCACCUAAAGAAAAAUUAUCAAUAAACAUUUGUAAGACCUAGAAGGUCACCUUCCAUGUAUAAAUAAAAAUCAAAUGUUUCUCGUUACUUGCAAGGGUAAUUUUAAAGUAACAACGAAAGACCCUUUCCCAGUUACUUGGGGGGCAUAUGGUACCCGGAUAUAUCCAGGUCUCCUUAACGACUUAGGUGUUAAUUUUUAUCUAUGGAUAAGAGUUAUCACAAACUAAGUCCUAUCCUGGUCUUAACCAGGUCAUAAAACUUAGAAGUUAGCUAAAAUUUGUUGACCGAGGUUCUUCUUUAAAGAGCCCGGGAUACGGAUAAAAGUUGACGCGAUCUGAGUUUUUUCAAAAUAAGCUCCUGGUCUUAACCAGGUCAUAAAACUUAGAAGUUAGCUAAAAUUUGUUGACCGAGGUUCUUCUUUAAAGAGCCCGGGAUACGGAUAAAAGUUGACGCGAUCUGAGUUUUUUCAAAAUAAGCUCCUGGUCUUAACCAGGUCAUAAAACUUAGAAGUUAGCUAAAAUUUGUUGACCGAGGUUCUUCUUUAAAGAGCCCGGGAUACGGAUAAAAGUUGACGCGAUCUGAGUUUUUUCAAAAUAAGCUCCUGGUCUUAACCAGGUCAUAAAACUUAGAAGUUAGCUAAAAUUUGUUGACCGAGGUUCUUCUUUAAAGAGCCCGGGAUACGGAUAAAAGUUGACGCGAUCUAAGUUUUUUUCAAAAUAAGCUCCUGGUCUUAACCAGGUCAUAAAACUUAGAAGUUAGCUAAAACUUGUUGACCGAGGUUCUUCUUUAAAGAGCCCGGGAUACGGAUAAAGUUAACUCGAACUACGUUCAUAAAAAUAAAGAGAUAAAUUAUGACCAAAUGCAUGAAAAUAUAUAUGUAAAACUGGUUGAGCAAAUUGUCUCGAGGCGGAAACGCCUCACAUAAAAAAGAGAAUUACAAUAAAAAAAAAGUGUUCAAAAUACGAAAACAAGGAGCAUCCUAAGCCCCAUCAGCUGGCCCUUUGGAGGUCGCGGUCUCACCCUGCUCCGCCGCGGCAGAGGCCUCUCCAGUCUCCGAUGGAGGAGCCUCUUUAUUCAGGCGGGCUUGAAGCCGCGGCAACAGGAAUGCCCAGAGGUCCGGCGGCAUGAAGGAGAAGUCCGCGUCCGGAUUGUGGGACCAGCAGUGAUAGAAUAGGUCCUGUAAGGACUGCUCCGACACAGCCCGCUCGUCUUUCAGGGCGGUCUGGGAGGUCUGGACUUCGGCCUUCGCCACCUCAAGGUCUGCCCGCGAUGCGGCCAGGGAGUUUUUAAGCUCUAGGUUCUCGGAGCGAAGCUUCUCUAGCUCGGAUGCGGCCAGGGAGCGUUUAAGCUCUUGGUUCUCCGAGCGGACCUUCUCUAGCUCGGCUUUGGAGGCCGCCAGGGCGUCUCUCGCCUCCUGAGACUCCUGGAGGGCAGUCUGGCGAUCUGCUUCCAAACCCUCGAGCUGGGCCUUGGUCCUAACGAUGCCUCUAUAGGCGGCAGCCAUGCCCUGCAAGAAAAGAAUGAUAAAUUAGCAAACUGGAGGGAGAAAGGCGGCGUGUGAGUGUCAAAGCCUUAGAAGAAGGGGGCACUUUACCGUUAAAGUCAUGUCCAUAGCAGAUUCUAUAACUCGGACCGGGCUCGUUGUUUCGAUGGCCCGGAGCUCCUUCUCCUUGAUAUUGUAAUAGUGGCUGACGGCGUAGCUGGCCGACUCGUACACCGUACCCCGGAAUGCUUCAGGCAUCUUCUCCAGAGCCCAGGGGUCGACCGGGAUACGCACGUCCGGGGCUGCCGCGGCCAGAUUCCCGACCUCUAUUACCCCGUCCUGGGCGGCCAGUGGAGAUCGUUGGGGUGGCGGAUGCAUGAGUCCUGUCCUGGCGACAGGGAGGUUCGGCCCCGCGACCUGGGAUGACGGGUCUCUCUCCUUCUCCGUAGUUGGGAAUUUGGUGGAGACCCCGGUCGAGCUCUUGGACUCGCGAAGCCUCUUUAACCUCGGCCCCGCUGGGGGAUUCCCACCAAACACAACGCCCCGCAGACUAUUCCCGGGCUGAGACAUCUCUUCUGCCAAAGAGCAAAAAACACGGUUAUCAGCAAUCAUACAGAAAUAAAGGCAAUAAGAAAGCAAAUACUAAGGGAGCCCUACCCCCCGAGCUGGAAGAGCCUAGGACGAUUAUCUCACGAACUGGCGAAGGUUCUAGGUCCGGUUCUGAAUCGGGGCUGGACUCUUCUGCGUACUGCCUAAUCCCCGGAGCGUAGACGCCCCUCUGGAGCGCAGGCCAUGUGCGUAAAUUGGUCCCGUACUCCUCAAAAAUGGCCGACCUAAAGGCUAGGGUAUUAUCUACUACUACGGUACCCUUGGGCCGACUCUCUUGGUUGUCCAGCACGAGCUGGUCAACGCAGUGGAGCAGAAGCGUGUCCAGGUUCGGAUUCCUUGGGUGACGAUGGACGAGCUGCCUAGGGUUGAACCUAACCAGCCGGGGGUCUGCAGUGGCCCUAUCUACGUUCUUAAAUAAGUAAAAGUUACCUUGGCCGGAAGGACCCGCGGUUGCUCCAGAUUGGGCCCUCUCCUCGAUCAUCCCCUGGGCGACCUCCAAGCUCCUCUUCCUGUUCCUCACCAGAGGAACUUCCUCACCUUCUUCCUCGCCUUCGUCAUCUGCGACCUCCUCCGCGACGGUCGGCCUGUUGUCGCGGGCUGGGGGAGGACCCCGGGGCCUUUUCAAAUUCAAGGUCUGAUUUGGGAAAAUCAGCUUGCAGAAUACCAUCGCCUCGUCUGUCACGAGCACGCGGUAGUCUUUCUCACUGGGAGGCAGGUUCGCCAGUGUGUCGUAUUGACCCCCGAGGGUCACGGACUUUUCGGUCCUCGAGUAGAUGGCUGCAAGGUUGGUUGAAAUCAGAAUUGGAAUAAGGGACGAGCUAAAAUAAGAUAACCGUUAAAAGGCGAGCUAAAUGGAGGAUUACUUACGAGGGCGGUUGAAAUAAUGAUGAUCGCAGUUUCGGAACCCAGUAGACAUAAAAAACUGGUCUUUGAAGUCGUUUGGAUGGCUCGGCAGCUCGAUCACUGCUGCUGUGUUAGGGAAGCGGGUUAAGUAAUAGAACCCGUCGCCUCGCCCCCGCUGGUCCGGGCUGGCUUUGAGGCAGAAGAAAUACAAGAUAUCAGCAGGAGUGGGGACCUCCCACUCAUGCUUUUGGAACAAAUACCUCAGUCCCGCCAGCAGACGGUAGGAAUUGGGGGGAGCUGAAAUGGGGCCAACCCCACGUAGUUCAGAAAAUCAGCAAAAUACUGGUCCAGGGGGAGGAAGGCCCCUGCCUUGAAGUGUUCCCCGCUCCAGGCCGCGAACGACUCGUCGAGCGGCGUGCAGCUCCUCUCCCCAUCCGCAGCAGGUCGGGCGAUCACGGAGGUCUUCCCCAGAGGAAUGUUGUGGUUAAGGAAGAUUUUGGUGAUCUUUGCCUGGCUGGUUAUCUUCGAGACGAUUCUCUCCGCCUCAAAAAACGCGUCAGGAGCCACCUCGGCCUGCUUCUCCACCGCCGGUCCAAAGUGAGGAAUUGGCGAGCUGGUCACCACCGCCUUUCCUUUAUCCUUCUGGGAGGCCGAACUUCCCACAUUCUUCUGUGGCAGAUUUCUCUUCGGAGCCAUCUGGUCGCCUAUCGAACAAAAGAAAACACUUUAGAAAAGGCGACCCAAGCAGGAAAGUGAGGCAAGUAUUAAGCACACGAGCUGAGGUAAGCCCAGCCCGUGGAGAGUGGUGCCACGCGUUCCAAGGAACACGCGCCUAUGCCCUCAACAGAUCCCAGAUUACUCGGAAUUCGUGUGUCAGAUGGCUCAGAGUAAGAAAAAAGAUUUUGCCUUGGGAGGAAAGUUUCAACGGGCAAGGCGUGGCAAAACCGCUUUUAAGGCGUAUUCCCUAAGCUACCCGGUUUUUGCACCCAAAGUUCCUACGGAUCCUACCCAGAAAUUGUUCCUAAGAAAGAAUCAUGGAACCCAUGUUCUAAGGCGAUGUCCCAUGGCAAGUGUGCCCCAAUCAAAGAAGGGCCAUCACCCUCCAUAUCCGCGCGACCCAGAAAACCUCUGCAUGUGGCUACAGUAAAAAAAAAUUUACCUAGGCUACAGUGGCAUGCUUUCAAAAAUAAACAGGGACAGAAGACUUACAGUAUAGGGUUGGAUGGUGAGUGAGGUUGCUGCGCUGGUAGGAGCUUCGUUGGCACAGUAGUCUCCAAGGCCUUGAAGGAACUCGCACGCUUAAGCUUCGUGAACGAAGAAGAUGAGAGCAAUGGAGAUGAGGGUUUUGCUCUUCGGAAGGUCAGAGAGAAAAGAAGGAAAUUUGAGAGGUUCUGAAUGGCAAGGUGGUCCGUGCGUGGGAUGACCACCCCCUUUUUAUACAAGAGGGGAUCACGUGUAAAAGGCUCCUGGGAGACCCUUCACUCGAAAUGUGAAACGACGGCUGGACAGUAGGCUAGGCCAUUUAAUGCGGUUCUCGUAGAGUGUACCGUCGCCACCCACGGCGUUCCACGUAUCAGACGCAUGCGAAAAGCGUGGAAUGCGAAGGGUUGUGGGAGAAGUCUAAAAGCUCCUACUGUGGUCUCCCAUGUCUGACGUCAUGGACCACGAGCAGGAGCUUGGGGGGCAGAUGUACGCCCUGGAUUUCCCACGGGCUGUUUAGCAGGACGAUCCUCGGACUAAACAUGAUUCAGCCCGAGGAUCCCACAGGCCAGAGGCUUUAUCUUCAGGACGGGCCCUUCUAGCUCGAGGGGAUGGAGUUUCCUGCUCCCUCUUGUUGUUCCAGGAGCUGGGAACAACAUCCGACGACCACUGACGGAUCAGCUCGGGUUAUGGAUUGCUCCGGUAGCGAGCUUCUCAGGAAGCUCUGACCCUAUGGGAAGUCAACACGCAAGAUAAACGUGCAUAAUCCUGCCAUCACAUGUCCGAUAUCCCCCUGCCUUCUCGGACACGCCGCAGGAACGUGCGUAUUCAGACACCCACGGACGGGUUGGGCCGUGCGGCCCAUUAUCUCCUUCCAUACUGAUUAGACCACACUUGUGUGUCAGGUUUAGGAAGUAAUCAUGAAUAUCACAGGCUUGAUAUGACAAAUGGUAAGGUCACGGGAUGACCUCCCUACCAAUUUCCAGGUGCCUUCUCCUAUAAAUAUGGAGACCCUGGGAAUUGAUAGAGGUGGGAAAAAAUAGUCUUGUAAGAACUAUAUAUUUUGUAAACCAAUUACCCAGAAGAGAUCAAUAAUAUUGACUAGUGGAGUAGAAGGAUUUUAACCUUCGAACCACUUAAAAACGUGUUUAGGGUCACCUAGUUCUUCUCACAAAGAUUUCAUAUCUGCGGCGGUUCUACUUUUAAGUACUAAUCUCUUUCUCUUCUUCUCUUAAUUACCUGUUGCCGAAGAACCGCGUCAACAAGCAUCCUUUCAAUUUCACGGCAACAUAGUGUUGUGGUUCAACUUUGUUGUGUAUUUUAAUAUCAACUUCUUAUGUGUGUAAAUUAUUAUCUCUGAACUUUUGUGGAGGUUUAUAUGACAUCUCAACUUUAUCUUGUUGGCAGCUAUAAAAAGCAGAUGCCAUUGGGUGACAUCUUUACUCGAAUUCAUACUUCACACACCCUUACACAAAAAACAGAAAAAGAUAAAAACACCUAUUAUCGUGUUAUUAUAAUACAUUUUGAUACAAGAAAGUGUCACUGAUAGGAUUUUAUAGCUUAAUGCA